AUGGUUGCUCAUGAUGAAGAAGCUGAUGCUUUGCUUGAGGAGUUUGAACUGAGAGAGGAGGUCAAGGUGCGAGAUGAUCGAGCCCUACCUUUGGUAUGUUGCACGUGCGGUUGGAGAUGGAUAGCAGCUCUUAUCAUGGUCGCGCUACUAUCGGCAAUCGGGGUCGUAGUGGCAUUGCAUGGUCUGUCAAGCAGCCGACCAAGCAAUGAUACCACCGGACAUCUUGGGUACCGACUCCAUCCUCAGAAUCAUACAUCGCGUCCCCCAACAACACUCUCAUUCAACUGGACUAUUACAGCUGGAACCAGAUCACCAGAUGGAGUUGAGAAACAAGUGUACCUUGUCAACGACGAGUUUCCAGGGCCGCUCAUAGAGGCCCGGUCCGGUGACAGAGUUGUGAUUCAUGUUCACAACGGCCUUCAAGAUGAAGGUAUAUCUCUUCAUUGGCACGGCCUGCGCAUGAAGGACCAGAACAAUAUGGACGGUGCUGUUGGGUUUACACAAUGCCCUACCGCUCCUGGUAGAACCUUCACUUACAAUUUCACUAUUGGCGCUGAAGAACAUGGGACCUUUUGGUGGCAUUCCCAUUCCGAUGUUCAACGCGCUGAUGGACUAUGGGGAGGUCUUAUCGUUCACUAUCCAGAUGAGGUUGAUAUCCCCGAAGAAGAUUACCUGGUCAUGAUCGGUGAUUGGUUUCACCAAAACCAGACGGAAGUGCUACGCUGGUAUGCCGAUGCGAGUACUCGAGGGAAUGAACCUGUCCCAGAUUCGUUGCUUGUCAAUGGAAAAGGACGCUUCAACUGUUCUAUGGCUGUUCCUGCGAGACCAGUCGUCUGUUCGCAGGUCCAGUUCAGUGACCUCAAACCCCUCAUGACGUCUAGGAGCCAGAAUAAAGUCAGACUCAGAGUUGUUAACACAGGCUCCGUCGCAGGUCUUUCUUUGGGAGUUAGCAGAACAAUCCUUCGACCAGUUCGCAUGGAUGGAGGCUUCGCUGUCAAGUCUGAAGCUGCUGAAACAGUCGGUAUCCUGUAUCCUGGUGAGAGAGUUGACCUCGAGGUUGAAUGGAAGGGGAACCACCCGGGAGACGAUUGGCUUACCAUUUACAUGGACGAUGAGUGCGUAUCCAUCUAUUACAAUCCCAAUGGAAACCAGGACUAA